GGUGAUGGUGUUUCCAAAAAUAAUUUAGCAUUGAGAGUGUAUAUUGUGACCGAAUUUUCGCAGUAAAGAUAUUCUUUAAAAUAUUCAAAUUCAUGUACAUUAAAUAUUGCUAAAAUCAGAAGAACUCGAACGGGCGCUAAGUGAACACACACGACACCGAGACGAAACGAAAGAAAACUAAACCGCUGGGAAUAUAAUAAUUUUAGUGCAAACAUUAAUACAUUUUGUAAAAUAAUUAAAAUAUUAAGUCAAUUUCUAACGAACAAAAAUGGUUUACGAAAGUGGAUUUACUACCCGUAGGACCUACACCAGCAGGCCUAUUGUUAGCUCAUAUGCCGUGUCGUAUCCGGUGGAGCAUAAGGUCUCUCGUGUGUAUAAAACGACCUAUCCAAUAUAUUCGUCGUACACAAUUCCAAAACGGGUAUACGCUGGAGCACGUAUUUUUACUUCACCUGUUCGAGUUGUAACUUCCCCAGCUCGCGUUGUGACACGUGUUAUACACUCACCAUCUCCAAUACGCGUUGUUCGCACAACUACACGGGUUAUUUCUUCACCAGAACGUACAAUCUCAUACACCUAUAAAACACCGAAUAUAUAUAACUCGUCAUAUCUACCAGCAACCACUUAUAGCUCGUAUUCACCCUCCACUUACGUGUACUCCACUCCAUCUUAUUACUACUCGCCCAUAUCUCGUGUGUUCACACGCUCCCUGAGCCCUCCAAUCAGGAUAACAACUUCUUCUCUGCGUUCUACACCAUCCUAUUUGAAGAGAACAUUACCAGGAUAUGGCGCUCGUGCUCUAAACAAUUACCUCAACACUGAACCCUUUGCCAAUUUUCAGGAUGAAACGAACCGUAUUCGCCACAGAGCGCAGUCGUUGAUCCGUGAUAUCCAUUCUCCGGCAGUUCGCAGAGCUCGUAGCUGCACACCAUUUCCUGUAACGGGAUAUACUUACGAGCCAACAUCUAAGCUUGUUCUUGAUGCGUAUGUUGAAAGGAUAACUAAUCCUGUACGUCACGUAGCCAAGGAAGUUCAUAGAAUAUCUUAUUAUCCUGAGCCAGCUAGAAAAUAUGUUGGCAAAAGUCAUCUCGCAUCAGUGAUUUGCGGCGAUAAAGCAUAUAAUAUUAGAAGGCCAAUGUACGAUUCGGACAAGGUCCGUACAGAUAUAAAUCUUCUAUCAUGGUAUUUAAGAAAUCCUCAUGGAAAAAGUGACGAAAAAAGUAAGGAGAAUGAUUCCGUGAAAGCAGAUCCUGACUUAGAUCCGUAUCGUCCUUCCCGUAAAUUUUCUGCACCUCUAUCAUUGGAUGAUCCCGUUGGUGAAGAAACCAAAGAAAAACAACGACUUCGACAAGAGCGCCUAAUGACUGUUCGCGAGGACGUUUUAGACGAAAUUCAAUUAGUAAAACAUAAAGCUCUUAUUACGGAUGAGUUACAGGACCGAGAAGAAAAAACUCUAGAAGAGAGUAUUAAACGAAAGUCCAAGGAAGAUACUAAGAAGAAAGAAUAUGCACUUAAAGCCGAAGAAGCACGAUUAGCUGAAGAAGCACGAUUGGCUGAGGCAGCACGAUUAGCUGAAGAAGCUCGAUUAGCUGAAGGUGCACGAUUAGCAGAAGAGUCACGAUUAGCUGAAGAAGCUCGAUUAGCAGAAGAAGCACGAUUAGCUGAAGAAAUUCGUAAAGCUGAAGAAGCCCGUUUAGCAGAAGAAUCUCGUUUAGCAGAAGAAUCUCGUUUAACAGAAGAACUUCGUAUUGCUGAAGAAACGCGUUUGAAGAAAGCUGAAGAAGAUAGGUUAGCUGAAAAAGCACUUCAAGCAGAGGAAGAGGCUCGUAAAGUGGAAAAAGCUCGCUUAGAAGAAGAAAAACGACAUCGUGAGGAAGAAAUGAUCCGUCUAGCAGAAAUUGAAAAGCAAGCUGACGAUGAACAUGAGAGAGAGUUGGCUCGUCAGGCAGCAGAACUAGCUGAAAUAGCGCGCCAAGAAGCAGAACUUGCAGCACAAGAAUUGCAAAAAACUGAUCAAAUAAAUUCGCAGGAUUUAAAUAAUAUGAAUAAAGUUGCAGUUGAACCCAUCAUUGAACAACCAGUGACUCCUGUUGAAGAAAAUCGUAGAGAACCUAUUAUUGAACUGUCGACCGAGAUAGAUGAACUUUCUGAUGCUGAAGCCACUUCCGAAGCUCAGGAAGAAGAUGUUGAGGAGGUGUGAAGUAGGUCAAACAAUUCAAAUUUACAUUGAUUUCAAAGGAAUACAAUUUUAAUGAAAAUGUGUUCAAUAUAAUAAUUUUGCUGAAUUUUUGUAGCAGAUUUUUUAAAAUACAUUUCUCCUUUUUUACUACAUACUAAACUAGUUCCUUAAAAAUAUUGUGUUUGUUUUUAAAUUACUGAAAGACAUUUUUAAAUUGAUUAAAAUAAAAUACCAGCAUAUAAAUUUACAGUG